AUGUCUCUCACAGUCAUCAAGAGCCGUCCCUCGGCAGACGGUGACUUCCAGCCUCUGAGCGAGUACCAGGACCAGACACCCGAGACCUUCUUCGACGGCAAACCUAUUCUGUACUACCACGACGAGAACAUCAAGGCCUGGGUUUCCGAGGAACAAUACGAGAGCCUGUACUUCUUCUCAAAGGCCUCCGCAGAGAACGAUGCUAGCGUCCACCCGAGCUCGCCCGAGUCGCAAGCGCUCCAGAACAAUGGAGGCACGCAUCUGCGCGAGGAGAAGAAGGUCGAGGUAUUCGUCGGAUCUAGCAAGCUGAUCCUGUUCUCCCACAAGAGCGGUACCGGCAUCGAGAUACCCUACCCCGCCGUCACCCUUCACGCGAUCAAGAACUUCAGUCAUCUAGAAAAGCCCGACGAUGCCGCGUCCAACUUUCUUGGAGUCUACAUGCAGCUCGAGUUUGCAGGCGCCGGCGCAGACGACGAUGAGAGCUUCGACCCGAUCGAAUUGACGCUUGUCCCUUACAAGCCACUGUCCGAAGACAGUCCCAACCCCGAAUCAUCUACCGUUGACGCCCUCAAUGCCGAGAGAACGAACGCGUUAUUCAACCAGAUAUCGUCCUGCUCGAACCUAAACCCCGACCCGCGCGACGAUGAGGAAGAUGAGGAGGAAGACAGCGCGGACCGCAUCAUAUUUGAGGGUAGCGCCGAGCACGGAGCAGCCGUCGACGGGCUACCUGGGGUACUGCUGGGCGACAGCACUGGCGGCCUGCCACCUCCCAUGCCUGGAAGCUCGGGUUGGAUCACGGCAGAGAACGUGGACCAGUAUUCCGACGCAGACGGUAAUUGGAUUGGCGGUCAAGACGGCCAGGAUGGUGAGGAUGGUAUCAGUGGUGAGCUCGGGGAGGGUGCUGGCCGGGUUCGUGAUCGAGACGAAGCUGAGAAAGAUGGCGCAAAUAGCCAUGAUGAUGCUGAUGAUACCGAAUCGAAGCGACCGCGCACCGAAUGA